CCCAUUUUUCUAGAUAGAGAAGGAGCAAGCAAGCCACAACAACAACAAGAGAGAGAUAUUCCUGACCCUGACCACCCUCAUCACCAUUUUUAUAUCUCAGGAAUGUCAGAGGUUAAAGGCUCUGCCAUAAAGCUCUUUGGAAGGACGAUUUCUCUGCCACACAAUGAUUCUUCUGCACCUGCGACUCUCGCUUCUCCUUCAUCUCCCUCUUCUCCCCCGGAACUUACCUCUGCAACACAACAACACCAAGAACACCAGGAAGCACUAAGGAAAGAACUUACCUCACUUGAAGACGAUGGUGCCUCGUCACACCAAACAACAGAGGAUUUAAAAUCUGCCGCUUCAGACAUACUCGAGAAUCCUAAGACUCCCUCAGCGGAAACAGAGACAUCACUGCAGAAAUCGCCCGAAAAUGAAGAACAGAGCGAGACAAGUGCUUCUGAAGAAAAAACACCAAAGAAACCUGACAAGAUACUUCCAUGUCCGCGGUGCAAUAGCAUGGACACUAAAUUCUGCUACUACAACAACUACAACGUCAACCAGCCUCGUCAUUUCUGCAAGAACUGUCAGAGAUACUGGACUGCAGGAGGAACAAUGAGGAAUGUGCCCGUGGGUGCUGGUCGCAGGAAAAACAAGAACACUUCGGCUGCAGCUGUGUCACAUUACCGACAGAUAGUGUUCCCGGAGCCACUUCAAGGAGCUACACUCAGUGCCUCCAAUGGACUGCAUAAUGCCCUUCUGGGGAACAGAGCAACUGUGUUGAGUUUUGGUCCUGAUACCCCUCUCUGUGACACCAUGAGUUCUGUGUUGAACAUUGCUGAGCGGGCCCAAAGCUGUGUAUCAAAUGGGUUUCAUGCAACUGAGCGAAAUGGCUCUGUUUCCUAUAGUAAGGAGGGUGAUGCGGGUGCUCAUUCUGCUGCAGUUUCUGUUUCAACAACUUCAAAUUCAAGCCAUGCUAGCUCACAUGAAUCAGUUGAUAAAAGAGUUGAAGGUUUCCCUCCUCAGUUAUCAUACUUCGCAGGUGCCCCUUGGCCUUAUCCUAUGCCUCCUCCUACAUUUUGCCAACCUAGGUACCCUUUAUCAUUCUAUACUACACCACCAUAUUGGAGUUGUAUGCAACCCUCUUGGAAUAUCUCAUGUAUGUCACCCCAAUCUUCUGUCAGCAACUCUGUCUCUGCCCCCAUUUUAGGGAAACACUCAAGGAAUGGGAACAUCAUCACCCCAUUCAACUCACAGAAAGAAAUACGUGAUGUGGAACAUAACAGUUCAGAGCACAAUUUCUUGAUUCCCAAGACUCUUAGAAUCGAUGACCCUGGUGAAGCUGCAAAGAGUUCCAUGUGGUCAAAACUAGGAACCAAGAAUGACAGAGCCAGUUCUGGAGGCCUUUUCCAAGCUUUUCCACCCAAGGGAAAUGACAUGAAUCACAGGGUUGAAGCAUCACCCCAGUUGCAAGCCAACCCUGCUGCUCUAUCGCGCUCUCUUACCUUCCAUGAACACACCUGAAUGGGAAUCACGGUGAGGCAAGUCGGAUUCUCAUUGUGCUUAUGCAAGUAGAACCCCAUUUUGAUGAAAAAGUGUUCUUCCUUUCCCUCAAGAAAUUGUUUUAUUGAACAACCUCUGUGCAGGAUUCCUAGGAGCCUGUUAGACUGAACAGGUGUUUUUGCUGCAUAAAUAGGAGAUCUGUUGAGUAAAUAUCUUGGUGUAUAGAUAUAGAUAUAUAAAUGAGACAAGCAAAACUAGGAGGAGAAGAAACAAUGGCAUCUUGGUUUAGAAUACACAUGCAAAUCUUCUUUGGAA